UUCACAUCAUACGUUUUGACAUUCUCAGUUUUUGGUGGCUCCACCGAGAAAUACGUGUGGAAGAAGUUAAAAAUUGGAGGUGAAUUCUUCGUGAAUUUACGAUGAACGCUGAUUUAUUAUGUUAGAUAUUAUUUAUUUACCGCCACAUUUUGGUUGGUCCGCAGUCUUGAAGUGGACAUUUUUAAGUGUACCUAUCAGCAACAGAUUUCAUUGAUAGAUUUGUGCAAGAAGAUGACGGAUUUUAUCCGCGAUUGUGUUAUUAUUUCCGUUUGCUAGUGUUUAUUGUUCACGAUGAAUUCAAGUUCGAGAUCUUCGAACGUUAGCCUCAAGCCUAUAGAAGUUCCGAAGGCAUUACAGGAGGGUGAAAAAUUCAUCAAGUGGGAUGAGGACUCUGGAACCGGCCUCCCGGUCACCCUACGGGUGGACCCCAAGGGCUUCUUCAUGUACUGGACGGACCAGAACAUGGAGGUGGAACUACUGGACAUUGCCACCAUCAGGGAUGUCCGGACCGGCGUCCAUGCUAAACUUCCUAAGGAUCCAAAAAUCCGGCAUGUGGUGCUGAUCGGGUCCCAGGGGUCGCUGGAGGAGAAGACCGUGACAGUGUGCUAUGGUGCCGACUUUGUGAACGUCACCUUCGUGAACUUCUGCUGCACGAGAAAGGAGAUUGCACAAAUGUGGACGGAGGAGCUGUUUGCGCUGGCGUACAACCUCAACCAGCUCAAUAACCCCACCAUCAAGUUCCUGGAGAAGCUGCACACGAAGAUUGUCCUCAAGGCAGACAAGUCAGGGAAGAUCCUAGUCAAAAACAUCGUGCGACUCUUCGCACAGAACAAGGAGGAUAAGAAGCGAGUGGAGAAGGCGCUUAGCGAGUCCGGCCUUCCCACGGGCAAGAACGAUACCAUUUCGCAGUCCAAGUUCCAAUUCGAAGACUUCUUCUCGUUUUAUAAGAGUCUCACGCAGCGCGGCGAGGUGCAGAAGAUAUUCAAUACAUUAACGGACGGCAAGCCCUACCUAUCAGCUACACAACUGGUGGAAUUCCUAAACGACAUCCAACGGGAUCCACGCCUGAACGAAAUCCUCCACCCUUACGCCGACAUCCAGAAGGCCAAGGACCUCAUCAAGGCGUAUGAGCACAACAAGUACCACCAGCAGCGCUCGCAGCUCACCUUUGACGGGUUCUUGAGGUUUCUAAUGUCAGAAGACAACCCAAUCGUCGCGCCGAACAAGCUGGAUCUUUGCGACGACAUGGAACAACCACUAGCGCACUACUUCAUCAACAGUUCGCAUAAUACCUACCUCACCGGCCAUCAGAUCACCGGCAAAUCCAGUGUGGAGAUAUACAGGCAGAGUCUUUUAGCUGGCUGCAGAUGCGUCGAACUAGACUUCUGGAACGGGCGAACAGAAGAGCCGGUGAUCGUCCACGGCUACACCUUCGUGCCUGAGAUCAGCGCAAAAGAAGUCUUGGAAGCCAUCGCCGAAAGCGCCUUCAAGACUUCGGACUACCCUGUGGUGCUGAGUUUCGAGAACCAUUGCAACCCGCGGCAGCAGGCCAAGAUAGCCAACUACUGCAGGGACAUAUUCGGGAGCAUGUUGCUAGACAGGCCUCUGGACUCGCACCAACUGGAACCAGGAGGGGAGCUGCCCCCGCCAUCGCUACUACGGAACAAGAUUAUUAUCAAGAAUAAGAAAAAACAUCACCAUCAUCAUAAAAAGGAAGACUCCAUCGCGUCGGAAGAAAGCGAGCCCCAACCAGAACCGCCUCAAGGCAAUGGAGAGAUAUCGCAUGGGACGUUGGCGCGACAAGGCUCCAAAGAUUCUUCGUCGUCAUCCGACUCGGACAGUUCGUCGGGGGAGGAGGAAGCGGGGGGAGGGGAGGCAGAUGAACCACGGGAGACGCACGCGGGCGCUGAGAUAUCCGCGCUCGUGAACUACGUGCAGCCCGUGCACUUUAGCUCCUUCGAGAGUGCUGAGAAAAAGAACCGUUUCUACGAGAUGUCGUCGUUUGACGAGAAGCAAGCGACGACGUUGCUAAAGGAGCGGCCAAUCGAGUUCGUCAACUACAAUAAGCAUCAGCUAUCGCGAGUGUACCCCGCUGGGACGAGGUUCGACUCUUCUAAUUUCAUGCCACAGGUGUUCUGGAACGCAGGCUGCCAGCUGGUGGCGCUCAACUUCCAGACUUUAGACCUGGCCAUGCAACUCAACCUUGGCACUUUUGAAUACAACCGCCGCAGCGGGUACCUACUCAAGCCGGAGUUCAUGCGACGGAAGGACCGCCGCCUAGACCCGUUCGCGGAGAGCACAGUCGACGGCAUCAUCGCCGGCUCCCUGUCCGUCACCGUGCUGUCCGGACAGCUGCUGACGGACAAGCGCUGUGGUACCUACGUUGAGGUCGACAUGUUCGGGCUACCCGCCGAUACUGUGCGCAAGAAGUUCCGGACUAGAGUCGCGCCGAAUAAUGGAAUCAAUCCAGUUUAUGGCGACGAGCCGUUUGUCUUCAAAAAAGUGGUGCUCCCGGAGCUGGCGAUGCUGCGGAUCGCGGCUCACGAGGAGAGCGGGCGGCUGGUGGGGCACCGCGUGCUGCCCGUGGUGGGGCUGUGCCCCGGAUACCGCCACGUCAACCUGCGGACAGAGCUGGGUCUACCGCUGCCGGCUAGCUUGCUGCUUCUGGUGGUGGUCAAGGACUACGUUCCCGACCGGCUUUCUGAGUUGGCGGAGGCGUUGGCCAACCCCAUCAAGUACCAGAGCGAGUUGGACAAACGCGAGCACCAACUGGCUGUGCUUACUGAAGGCACCGACGCGCCGCCGCCCGCGCAGCCGCCGCGGCCUGAAGCUCCGCACAUUGUGACGCACCCUAUCAAACAAGAGAGCACGACAGAUGGCAGUCCGAGCAAGUCGUCUCUCAUCAUGGCGGAGACCAAGAAACUGAUCGAAUGCGAGGCGCUCGCAUCCGUGCCGCCUGCAGACAAGGAAGCACAAGACCAAUCAGAUAACAAAUCCAACGGCGGCUCAGACGAGUCGCUAGCUGAAACGCUCGAAGCGCUUCUUUCGAGCGAAUUAGUUCGAAAGAAGCGCGCGGAACUCUCACGCAAGCUAGACGCGCUACGGCGGAAGCAAGACAAGGAAAAACGGCCAGUCUCAGCUAAAUUCUACGUCAGCAACAAACUAGUCAAGAAGCUCUCUUCUAAGAAUAUAAAGUUUCUCCUGUCCAGUGAUAGCUAUAGUAGCACAGAAGCCAGUACGAGCGAGGAGCCGACCGGCGCUGGAACCGUGACGGAAGGUAGCGUAGAGCGCGAGUUACGCUUGCGUUACCACCAUACCAUCUUCGCCGCGCUCGAGAAGCAGCUACGGUCCGACCAGCAUCACCAGAUGAAGGCGCUUACGGAUCUACUGGAAGUUGAAAAGAAGGAAAUUUUAAACCGACUAGCAAAUUCACGGAAGGAGGAUGUCAAAGCGUUAGCGAAAAAGACCAAUAGAGACAAGGAUGAAAUAUUAAGGAUAAAGAGAGAAAUACAUUCUCAGUCGGUGGAGCGCGGCGUGGCCGAAUGCUCGCGGCUGGAGCAGGCGUACGCGCGCCGCCGCGAGCAGCUGGCGCGCACGCACGAGCGCCUCCGCGCGCUGCUGCAGCGCCACCGCGACCAGGAGCUGGUGGAGCUUGAGCGCGUUUGCGGCGGCGCGCCCGAGGGCUAGGCAAGUGCGCACGCCCGCUGGAAACUGUGAUAUUAUCGCCUAAGGCACGCGGGCCGCCCGUCCCGCCCCUCCUCGGUCCCUCUCGGAACCCGAGGUCACCUGAUCAGCGCAGAACUAGACGCAAGCGCUUCCCGGCACCGGAGUGAGUUACCCAACCUUCCCGGCACAAUUCAGUGGCCUGUUUAGUUGCCAGGACAAGACGUGCGUGACCAUUGGGUCACUUAUUGAUCGAGGUGUACCUACACUUGCCGCGGUUAUUAAAUGGGAACAUUGAUCUUAGCGACACCACACUCCUCGUCAGUUGGUCCCGUAACCUCCGGCCGAACGCAAGUCCUGCUAUACCGAAAAAGAUCUAUCCAUGUUAUUAGAAGUGCCUGUAAUCAUCUUAAACGUAAUCUGUGUUGAUCACACCCGGACCUCGACCCUUUCGUGCUACGUCUGCGUCGAAUCUAUACAUAUCUAAACCGCUACGUAAUGGUUUUCGAUACGCGUACCUUUGUAGGAACGUAGCGACUACCGAACUCAAAUUGAGGAUCUAUUCUUAUGAUGUUUCCGAAAUCUUUUCUGGUUAGUGAACAUUUGAUGCAGUUUUACCUAUUAUUUCUGUAAUGUUAGAUUUUACCGAUCAUCGUUCGCCCUAUUGAUACUUUGUUAUGUGAUAAAUAGUUGUCUAAUAAUGUAACGUGUGGCACACUGAUAGGUGUCGUUUAAAUCGGCGUGGAUUUUGUAAUAUUAUUCUAUAUUUAUCUCAUUAAAUGCAAAUAUGUAUGUAUGUACGUGUGGAGUUUUAAAUAUUUAUUGUAUACUCGUGUAGUGGUUUUUUUAAUUAGCUCGAUUGGAUUGUUAAAUAAUAAACUAACAAAUGUCAGUAACGGUAGGUUGUAGAUUAACAUUCCAGGUUAUUUGCACAAAGAUGUAUCGUUUAAAUUGGCCGGCGUUAUUUCUAGAGUAAGGAUCGGGUGUCGAAUCAAAAUGUAGUUUUAGAUCGUUUGAUAGACGACUCGCGGCUGUAUCUGUAACGGAGGUUGAAUGAUUGUAAUAAAAUAUAACGCCCGUUAGUUGAUAGAAUGAUAGCACUUAGUCCUCGUUUACGGUUCUUUAGUGUUGCGAUUUGUAAUAGCAAUAAUUACCUUACCGAAGUUAGACCUGAAGCCUGCCUUCACCGCGGCGGGCCGGAUCGCUUCUCAGUGCCUCUCGACUUCUUUUAAAUAUAACGUAGAUCUUCGUAAAUAGGAUCUUAAUUCUUCCAAUUCACUGCCAAAUAGAGUUUAAUCAGUAAUUUGCGUCCUUUUAAUUUAUUAAUUUCAUGUCUUAUUUGUCUACGAGUGGCUUAUAAUUUAUCUCAAUUUUUAACUAAAUAAAUCGUAGUUAUCUGCUGUAUUAACGAACCUGUUACAUUCAUAAUGGUGCUUUCGAUUUCUAGGCUCAAAGUACUUAUCGGUGAAAUAAUAAUAUUGUAUUUAAACCCUUGUAAUGAAUAAUAACAAUAUUUCUUUUCUCCAUGCAGCUUUCGUUAGGUUUUGUAUGAAUUAUUAUGCUUUAUAAUCCAUGAUAGAGUAAUUUUAAAAUUAAAUAAAUCGGGUUUCUUGUCAUAGCACAAACUCACAGUCAUGUGUUUUUUUUAAGAAUUCAUCGCACUAUGUGGUUUUCGAGU